UCGCCCUGGCUCCCUCAUUAGCUGUGUCUAUGUUCACGGCGGCUUUUGUCAUCUCCGCGGUAACGACGUCCCCGAAGCACGGUUCCGAGAGGUUCUCCUUGAAUCCGCCCCGGAGAGGACUGAUCUCCCAGCCCACAAUGGCCGCCGCGGCCCCGGAACCCGAAGGACAGAAAGCACUUGCAGUAGUUAAGGCAGAAGAACAGCGCUGGGGACGGGACGCCCCUCACAGGAGGGAGGUCUUCAGGCAGCACUUCAGGCAGCUCUGCUAUCAGGAUGCGCCUGGACCCCGCGAAGCCCUCUCCCGGCUCCGGGAGCUCUGCCGCCAGUGGCUGAGGCCAGAAUGCCACACCAAGGAGCAGAUUUUAGACCUGCUGGUGCUGGAGCAGUUCUUGAGCAUUCUUCCCAGGGACCUGCAGGCCUGGGUGCAGGCGCAGCACCCGAAGACGGGCGAGGAGGCGGUGACUGUGCUGGAGGAUCUGGAGCGGGAGCUGGAUGAACCGCGGAAGCAGGUCCCAGCCAAUUCAGAAAGACAGGACACACUUUUGGAAAAGUUGACCCCCUUGGGAAGACCCCAUGAGUCACUGACUGCACAGCUCCAUCCCAAGAAGAUUCAGCAGGAGCAGGAAUCUGGGGAGCCCCAAAGGAAUGGUGAUAAAACCAGAACUAAGAAUGAAGCAUUGUCCCAGAAGGAAGAUUUGCCCAAGGACACAGAAUUCCUUGGGAAGACAAAUGACAGACUUAACGAAGACAUUCCUCAACAUCCUGAAUCCAAAGAUGCUAUUGAAAGUGAGGGCAGAUUAGAGUGGCAGCAGAGGGAAAGAAGACGCUAUGCAUGUGAUGACUGUGGGAAAAGUUUCAGUCACAGCUCAGACCUUAGUAAGCACAGAAGGACUCACACUGGAGAGAAACCCUACAAAUGCGAUGAAUGUGGAAAAGCCUUCAUUCAACGUUCCCAUCUCAUUGGACACCACAGAGUGCACACUGGAGUGAAACCCUAUAAAUGUGAAGAAUGUGGGAAAGAUUUUAGUGGGCGCACAGGUCUUAUUCAGCAUCAGAGAAUCCACACAGGUGAAAAACCCUAUGAAUGUGAUGAGUGUGGGAGGCCCUUCCGUGUAAGUUCAGCCCUGAUCAGACAUCAAAGAAUUCAUACAGCAAAUAAGCUCUACUAAGAUGGUGAAAUAACAGAGGUUUUUAGCUACUCAGCUCUCCUUCAUUAUCAGAGAAUCUGCCUUAGGGACUGUGAGUAUCCUGAAUAUAGGCAAAGCUUCAGUCAUCAUUGAACAUUUCUCUGGCACCAGAGAAUCUACCUGAGAAAAUUUCCUUUUAUUUCUAAAUUAGUUCAGUUUCUUAGGAAGCAUUAAGGUUAUUUCAGAAAGCCUUGUCUGUUAACAGAUUGCUCCCUUGCAGCCCAAAAUAACCGUGUUUCUUGGUUGAAAGAUAGUGAAUUCUACUUCUCAGCUUUCCUCUUUACUUGACUAUUCUGUGUAUGACAUUAGGCAAAACAGUCACAUUUUUCUCUGCCUUCAUUUCCCCCUUCUGUAGAGGACACAGUAGAGACCCACCAGGUAUGUUGUAUUAAGUUAAAGCUGCUUUUGAAAUUAAUAACUAAAACAAUACUAAGUAUUUUCCAUCACUACUGAUAUAAUGGCCAUUAUAAUGUAUAAUCAUUUUGUGGAAUUUGUUUGCCA